AUGGAUGUUGCGACGUUCGGAGCGACAUGCUCGGCUGCCUCCGCGCAAUAUGUGAAAAAUAUGAACGCCAAAGAACAUAAUCAGCAGUAUCCAAGGGCCGUCGAAGCGAUAUUGAAGAGCCAUUACGUCGACGAUUAUCUCGACAGUUUUAGCACUGAAGCUGAAGCAGAGAAAAUUUCAUCGGAAGUACGACUAGUUCACUACAACGGCGGGUUUCAUCUACGGAAUUGGAGAUCAAAUAGUGAAAAGGUCCUGACUGUACUCGGAGAACCAGCGGAAGUAGAGAGCAAGAACCUGAACUUAGAAAGUGGCGAACAAGUUGAUAGAGUACUAGGAAUGCUAUGGUCGUCAAGAUCGGAUGAACUAAGUUUCUCCACCCGCAUGAGCAAGGAAGUGAAGAACCUUCUGGGAAGUGACGCUCGACCAACCAAACGUCAAGUUUUGCGGUGUGUUAUGUCCCUAUUCGAUCCUCUAGGGCUUCUUGCACCGUUCAUAAUUCAUGGUAAAGUGCUAAUUCAAGAGUUGUGGCGAGCUGGAACGGAGUGGCGAGCCAUAUGCGAUGAGGUGUUCGAACAUUGGAAGCGAUGGAUCAAGAUGAUAGAAUUUAUUUCAACCGUCAGGAUUCCCAGGUGUUAUUUUCAACGAGCCACUGAAUCGACGUACGAAGGAGCCCAGAUUCACGUGUUCGUCGAUGCUAGUGAAAUUGCUUAUUCCUGUGCUGUGUACAUACGAACGGCUAUAGUUGGCGAUGUUCUCGAUUGUGUCUUGAUUGCUGGAAAAAACAAGGUAGCUCCGUUGAUACCGAUGUCCAUUCCUAGGCUGGAACUGCAAGGAUGUGUACUAGGAACGCGUUUACUGAAGUUUAUUCAAGAAAAUCAUCCUAUUGAAUUUACUAGAAGGUUUCUUUGGACAGACUCAAUGACAGCACUGUCAUGGAUUCGGUCGGAUCCAAGACGCUACAAACCCUUUGUAGCUCAUCGGGUAGGAGAAAUUCUGGAGAAUACGAAUGUCAAUGAGUGGAGGUGGGUUCCGUCCAAACUAAACCCAGCGGACGAAGCAACUAAGUGGGGUCGAGGUCCUUAUUUUAACCAGGAGAGCCGAUGGUUCACCGGGCCAGAUUUCCUGCGAAGUCCAGCAGAAGAAUGGCCGGAAAGAAUGGAGCCGUUAGUAGCUACAGCCGAAGAUGCCAGACCUUCGGUGUUAUAUCAUUUUGCAGCUGAACCAGUACUAGACUUCCAACGAUUUUCAUCGUGGAAGUGGAUGCUACGUACCACAGCUUAUGUUCUUCGGUACCUAUUCAACAUCCGGAAUCCAAACCGGAGGCUGCGAGGAUCACUUUCACAACCCGAGCUACUCAAUGCAGAGCGAACCAUCUUCAAGCUUGCGCAGAGAGAAAGCUAUGCGGAUGAAAUGGCGACCCUCGAAAAGUCUAAGGCGAUGAGCAAUCAGGUGUUUGUCAAUCGAAAAAGCAAGAUCUACAAGUUGAUGCCUGUAAUGGAUGACGUAGGCUUGUUGCGGCAGCGAAGCCGCAUAAUUGCUGCAAAAGAUGUUUCUUACGAUUCCCGAUUUCCCAUAAUAUUGCCCUCCAAGCACCGAGCAGUGAGUCUUCUGGUAGAGAACUAUCAUCGACGCUACCGACACGCGAAUAACGAAACCAUCGUUAAUGAGCUCCGUCAGCAUUACGUUAUUCCGAAUUUACGUCGGAUCGUAAAAACGAUUGCAUAUAAAUGCCAGCUCUGUAAAAUCCGCAAGGCACGUCCAUACAACCCACCCAUGGCCGCUCUUCCACCAGCUCGACUGGCGUUGCAUUGUCGUCCGUUUACGUACGUAGGGCUGGAUUAUUUUGGUCCGUUCUUAACGAAAGUGGGGAGAUCAAACGUGAAAAGGUGGAUUGCCCUAUUCACGUGUCUUACAGUUCGAGCUGUCCACCUCGAAAUUGCCUACAGUUUAUCGACAGCUUCCUGCAUUUCUUGCAUACGAAGAUUCCUCGGCCGUCGAGGAUCACCGGCUGAAAUAUUUAGUGACAACGGUACAAAUUUUCAAGGUGCGGAGCGAGUUCUCCGAGCGCAGAUAGACAAGGAACUAUCGGAAACGUUCACCAGCACCACAAUGAAGUGGAGUUUCAUUCCUCCCGGGGCUCCACAUAUGGGAGGAGCUUGGGAAAGGUUGGUGCGGUCAGUAAAGUUGGCUAUGGAAGAUGCAUAUACCGAAGGGAAGUUGACGGAUGAGGAGCUGCUUACACUGAUUGUGGAGGCAGAAAGUAUUGUCAACUCGAGACCUCUGACAUAUUUACCAUUGGAUUCUGAGGAGACUGAAGCCUUGACACCGAAUCAUUUCUUGAUCAUGUCAUCCAGUGGAUCGAAGUGCAGCAGUGUUGAUAUGGGGAAUUCUCAAAGAAGCCUUCGAGAGAAUUGGAAUAGUAUUCAGCAGCAGGUGCACAAAUUCUGGCAACGCUUUCUGGUAGAGUAUCUGCCAGUCAUCAGAAGACAGCCGAAAUGGUUCGACGAAACCAAACCUUUGCAAGUUGGUGACUUGGUAUUGGUUGCAGAUGGCGAAAAACCUAAGGAGAAGAAAUCACUUUGA